UUUUGUGUCUUGCCAAUGUUCAUUAUUCAAAUCAGUCAGUACCUCUGCCAAAACUUAUCUUUUUAUGAGUAAGUUUUUAGGCAUUGAGAUGCACAUUAAUGGAAGAGACCACUGAACACUGCAUUUUUGGUGUUGUAGGCGCCUUCACGCAGACAGCACAGCGAGACAGAAAAGGGUGUUUGUGUGAUCUAGUCGCCAUAUUUAGGGAUAUUUGGAAAACGUGUCAUAUUUCUCUCUUCAGUGUGUCUGGAAAAGCUUAUGCAAGUUGAUGCAUGACCCGUUAUUUAGGACCAAAUAAAGCUUUAACGUUAACGGUAUUGUGCUCGAGUCCGUCAGUUUUCUCCAGAUUGAAUCCGGUACAAACUGUUUUAGUGCUUGUGAAAAGGUUGAAGAUGUCUAACUGCACGUUGAACAUCACCGCGGGAGUCCAGAACUUCCAGCUCGCUGCACUGAUUCCCAGCUUCAUCCUCGGUGUCCUGGGAAACAUUUACGUCUUAGUGAUGUUCUGCCGCCGUCCCAUAACCGACUGGACCUACAUGAACAUCUACAUCGCCAACAUGGCGAUCGCCGACUGCAUUGUGCUCGUGCUUCUGCCCGUCCGCUUCGCGUCCUACAUCUGGGAAAGUUCGCGACUCUGGGACCAAACCAACAAAGAGCUGUGUUACAUCCUCGUGUCGGUUUAUUAUGUCAACAUGUACGUGAGCAUCUUCACGGUCACCGCGAUAAGCGUCGUGCGCUACGUGGCCAUCAAGUAUCCGUUAAAAGCCCGGGAAAUUUUGUGUCGCAGAAACGCGCUGGCGGUUUGCGCGCUCAUUUGGCUGGUCACGUGCUCAUUCAGUGCCGCGUUCCAUCGCGUGGACGAACCGGGAAAAAAUACUACGAUUAAGUGCUUUCAGAAAAACAAAGGCGAGGAAUUACCGUUGGCCUUCAUUUUGGUUCUUAACAUCAUUGGGUUCCUCGUGCCGUUCCUCAUCAUGCUCUUCUGCUCCAUUACAGUCAUUUUCAAAUUAAGGAAACGGUUGGAAAUCGGAUCUCGUUCUGAGAAGAUUCAGUGUAUGUUUAUCAUCGCGGCUAAUCUGAUUGUUUUCGUCAUAUGUUUCUUUCCCAUCCACUUCGGCUUUUUCUUCAAGUACGUCACGCAGGCGUACAAGCACUCGUGCAGCGCGCAGUUUUUCGCACAUAAUUUCGUUCACGGUGCGAUGUGCGUGUCCAGCAUGAACUGCGCGCUCGACUGCUUCAGUUAUUAUUUUGCCACCAGAACAUCGUGGAAACGGCGCAGCUCGAAACAAAGUACAAAUGAAGAAUACGAGUGUGAUUACAACAGGGUCACACCAUGA